UGCUAAGUUCGAGUUCCGCAAUGGGAUUUUUGCUGUUCACCCAAAAAGCUCGUGAAGUGUGGAAGGAGUGGGAGCUGCCGUUGCUAGUCCUCCUCAGCCUGUUCCUCCAAUUGACCCUUGCGUCUCAGGGCAGCCGGAGGAAAUCCAUCUUCAAGAACUGGAUCCAAGUCUGGACAACGUACCUAAUGGCCGACUCCAUUGUGACCCUCUCGCUAGGCAUCCUCUCGAACCGCCUGGCCAACAUCAAGGAGACCAUGGGCAUGAUUGAUCCGAAGAGCCAGAUCAUAGCGUUCUGGGCGCCGUUCCUUCUCCUCCACUUGGGCGGGCCCGACACGGUCACUGCAUAUGCCCUGGCAGACAACGAGCUAUGGCUGAGGCAGUUGGCACGGCUUUGCGUCCAGGUAGGGAUAGCGUGUUACAUUUACUCCAUGGCCUUGUCGGGGACUCCACUGUCGAUACUAGCGGCAGGUGUGAUCCUGGUGGGGUUCAUGAAAUAUGGAGAGAGGACAGUGUGUUUGCACUUGGCGAGCAACGGUCCACUUCGACGUUCGAUGAUUUCGCGUCCCGACGUCGGUCCCAUACUCUUCAGGCAAAUGGAUCAGUCCGCUCUGAAGAGAGACGAGGGUUACCAGGUCAGAAUCGAGGAGGUCACACAGGUUCCAGCUCCGGAGGAUCUCUCGGUGAACAGCAGUCAAGCCAGCGGCAACGAAGAGAAGGACUGGACUCUGGUCAAGGCCUAUGAGUUGUUCAAGAUCUUCAAGCUUCUCUUUGUGGGCCUGACCGUCAACCUUGUCGACCUGGUCACCAGUCGGCGCAUGUUCACGGGUAGGGACAUGGAUUCGGCCGAGGCCUUUAAAAUCGUGGAGAUCGAGCUCGGGUUCACGUACGAUCUGCUCUUCACCAAGGCCCCGUUGCUGAGCCGUGCUUGGGUCAUCAUUCGUUGGGUCAUCAGUCUCAGCGUGCUGGGUUCCGUGCUGGUAUUCUUCUCUUUACAGGAUAAGAGGGAUUACGCCACAGUUGACAUCUUGAUAACUUUGCUGCUGAUAGCCGGGGCUAUACUUUUAGAGAUUUACUCGCUUCUUCUAGCAAUAGCAUCCGAUUGGAUCCACCACCGGCGGCUUCAGGGAUCUGGUACAUCCUCAAUCUUGUCCGCUGUCGCUAUUCUCUGGCUCGGCCCGAGCCAAAGAUGGUCGAAUUCCGUGGCCCAGUUCAGCCUGUUGGCUUCAUCCAUCAGGAAAAGAAAGAGCGUCUUCCGCAGUCCGAGGUUUGCCAAGUUGCAGGAGGUGGUGGACAAGAACUUUUACAUCUGUUACGAAAAGUUCCACUGCAACAUCAAGGAAUUGAUCUUCCGUCGCAUGAAGGAGAUGGUUGCAAAUCUGGAAGGGACCACGGAUCUUAAGAAGGAGGCAGGUGAGCUACUGAAGAGGUCAAACUGCGAUCACGUGACGUGGAGCGUGGAAAUGGAGUUUGACCAGAACGUCUUCAUCUGGCACAUCGCCACCGAGCUCCUUCACCACGAGGACAAGGCGCAGGUGACGGAGGACAUCACGAACUCCAGAAUGAGCGUGUUGGUCUCUCGGUACAUGCUCUAUCUUUUAGUAUUCUAUCCUUCCAUGUUGCCGACAGGGAUAGGGGUGCUCCGGUACGAAGACACCUUGGCCGAAGCUCAAAAGUUCUUUGAUGGCGAGCUAGCCAUGUUGCCCAAUGAAGAAGGCGGCACCACCAGCACCUCAUCCGCCGUCGUCGAGUGGGUGCAGAAAUUAUACAAGAAAGACGCGCAUGUCCACAACCGUUUCAACAACUGCAACGAGCCCCACGAGCCGGGAGAGUCCUGCGAUCUGUGCGAAGUCUGCUGGCUUCUGCUCCAAGUGAGGGCUGAACUCCCCGAGUGGAAGACGCAGAGGGCCAAAUCGUCGGUGCUGUUCGACGCCUGCCAUCUCGCCAACCAGUUGAGAUCGGUCGACACGUGGGACAUGAUCAGCAAGGUCUGGGUGAGGCUGCUCAUCUACGCGGCUUACCAGUGCAAAGGCUACGAACACUGCGAGAGCCUGAGCAGAGGAGGAGAGCUUAUCAGCCAUGUUUGGCUUCUCAUGGCGCAUCUCAGCAUAGCGCAGCUGGUACAGACUUCGGGGGAACAGUGCAUUACCAAACUGGUCGUGACGUAG